AUGAUAUUAAUAUCAGACGGUCGCUAGCCAGCGGCAGCGGCUAACGACAGCUAGUACCAGCGUUGGCAUGGCUAGCAUGUUAUGCUAAUCGUUCCGUGCCCGCCGCGCGCUGGCAGGACGCGCUGGAGCUAAGUUGCUAGCCGUAGUCCGCGAUGUGUGUGUGGACGGUUGUCAGGACAGAUUGAGCUGCAGCGGGACUGGACACGAUGUGUUUCGGUGUGUGUGUUAGCGAGCUGCAGCGGGCUAAAGUACCGUCACAUUUGGACCACAGAGACGUUUUGCUAACGCUAGCUGUUGGGCAAAGGGCGUGAAAGCUGGCAUCAGCAGCGGUUCGCCCCGCAGCGCCGAGCCGAGCCGAGCCGAGCUGCCGCAGGCCCCGCAGCCAGCACAACACAAACACAUGGACGAGACACACAUUUAACAAACUUCACGGCCAGAGAAUGAGUUCGGUUCAGUCUGGGAGGAUCAAAUGCAUGCAGCCAGUAUUUAGCAGCAGGAUGUCUGAGUUCAGUGAGGAGCCGCGCUUCACUAUUGAGCAGAUAGAUCUGCUGCAGCGGCUGCGUCGCACCGGCAUGACCAAGCAGGAGAUCCUGCACGCACUCGAUACUCUGGACCGGCUGGACCGGGAGCACGGCGACAAGUUCGGCCGCCGCACCUCUUCCUCCUCCUCCUCCUCGUCCUCCUACGGAGUGGGCGGGGCUAACAACAACUCUGCCUCGAAUACUACUACAUCAUUCAACAAUAACAACACUGCCUCUGCAACCACCACCUCCGUGUCAUGCAAUGGCAACAACAGCGCAGAGGGCAGCACCGGCGACCACUCGGCGGCCGCCGCGUCUUCCACCACCUCCAAAAUCUCCACCGCCACGCAGACACAGUUCGGCAGCGGAGGGGGACUUUCGCCCUCUCCUAGCAACAGCUACGACACCUCCCCGCCUCCAGGGCCGCCGCCGCCUUCCGCCAUAUUGCCCUCACCGGUGUCACUGGUGGCUCUGUCACAGAACGGCCGGGAUAGCCUAGCUGCCACACCCAACGGGAAGCUGUCUCCUCCGAGGUACCCGGUGAACAGCGCGGCCGCCGCACGAGCGUUCGGCUUCGAAGCUACAGAGGAAGACCUGGACAUCGACGACAAGGUGGAGGAGCUGAUGAGGAGGGACAGCAGCAUGGUGAAGGAGGAGAUCAAGGCGUUCCUGGGGAACAGGAGGAUCUCUCAGGCAGUGGUGGCACAAGUUACCGGCAUCAGCCAGAGCAGGAUCUCUCAUUGGCUGCUGCAGCACGGCUCCGACCUGAGCGAGCAGAAGAAGAGGGCCUUCUACCGCUGGUAUACGCUGGAGAAAACCACACCAGGUGCCACUCUAAACAUGAGGCCAGCUCCAUUACCUAUGGAGGAGAUGGAGUGGAGGCAAACCCCUCCGCCCCUCACCACCGCCCCCGGCACCUUCCGGCUGCGUCGAGGAAGUCGCUUCACUUGGAGAAAAGAGUGCCUGGCUGUGAUGGAGAGCUACUUCAACGACAACCAGUACCCAGACGAGGCCAAACGGGAGGAGAUAGCCAACGCCUGCAAUGCUGUUAUUCAGAAACCAGGGAAGAAGCUGUCCGACCUGGAGAGAGUCACCUCCCUGAAAGUUUACAACUGGUUCGCCAACCGUCGCAAGGAGAUCAAGAGACGGGCCAACAUUGAAGCCACAAUCCUGGAGAGUCACGGGAUAGACGUCCAGAGUCCAGGCGGACACUCCAACAGCGACGACAUCGAUGGAAACGACUUCUCAGAGCAGGCCUGUGACCUGCCGUACUUUGACAAGAGACCUCUCAGCCGACCUUUUGGCCUUUACCGACUGGAGCCCACCUCACCGACACAGGACGACAGCGCAGCACACAGCGAGCACCAGGACCCCAUCUCUCUGGCCGUGGAGAUGGCUGCCGUCAACCACACCAUCCUGGCCCUGUCCAGAACCGGAGGGGUCCCCAACGACAUCAAGACGGAGUCCCUGGAGGACGAAUGAACUGCACAGGAGCUGGGACGGAGGGAGGCGGUCCGAGAGGAGAGAGAGAGAGAGAGAGAGAGAAAAGAGAAAGAUGAGUAGAAAAAGGUGCGAGACAGGGCUGUAAAAAGAGACCAAAAUAAUGCUACUUAGUAAACCUGAAUCUGUCCCUCAGCCCCCCGCCGACUGUUCUCCUCUCUCAGCCUCCUUCCUCCCACAACGUCCAUGUAAACAGUAAUUACCCCCCACCCACCCCCACUCCACUCCACUCCACUCCACACCAGUAUAUUGACACAGCUGGUGGAAAUGUGUCACUAUACGUCCUCUGAUCUCUGUGGAAAACGCUCCUCAGAAAGAAGAACAGGGGUCCUUAAAAAAACCUCCAAGACGUUGAUCCUCGUCUUGGAUUGUGUCUCCCAGGAACUCCCCCCUCUUCCUCCCUCCUGAACACACUCUCUCCUCACAGGAUACCUCUGCUCCUUCCUCUCCUCCUCCUCACACCCCCUCUCCUCUUCCCUCUCCAGCCUGGUUGUCUGAGCCGAUCCUCAGUCUAUCUCACCUCAGCGUCAACCUCAGAAAAAUAACGUGUACUGUAUAUAUAAUAUAUAUAUGGUUCUUAUGGUUCUCAGUCACACUCACCUCAUGGUGUGCUACCUACCUACUUACCUACCUACCUACCUGCCUACAUAACCCUCAAACUUCAACCUCUUCAUCGUGCAAUUCAUCAGAAGAGCAGCCUCCAGUCGUCGUCCGGGGGAAGAUGGACGGCGAGGCCUCCCUCUCUUCCUGUCGGCCCCGAGGCGAAAAGAAAGGAUGAUAUCGGCAGACGGAAGUGUCCAGUCACUGUCUUCUCCCCUCUCCAGUUAUCAUUCCUCAGCGGAGUGGCGUUUUAUUUCCUACACUAGAGCUGCUGUUGGACGAAAACCUCUUUAAAAAGUCAGCUAAAAAAGAAGUAGCCUUAAUUUCACUCAGACAACUACUCCUUUACUUUUUGCAGAACACAGCAGGUUUCAAAGUUUUUUUCCUGACAACAAGGAAGAAGCUUUUUUUAGUAUGCAUAAAAAAAAAUGCCAGACUUAAACGUCUCGUCCGACAGCAGCCUCACUAGCAUCUCCCUCUUUGUUUUCUCGCCCAGACGGUGACUGGAUAUACAAUCAUCUUGCCUUGUUAUUUAGCUUCCCAGUGCCACUAAUGUUAAGUACUCGAGGCUACGAGAAUCAGUUAAGGGUCAAUGUGAUAAUCAAGCAAACUUAAGCUAUCUUAUAAGGGGAAUCGUGCUUUUUUUAUUAUUUUAUUUUAUUUUUUAAUGUCGUCCAUGCCAAAGGAUAAAGAUGCUCGGAGCAGAAAGCUAAGAGGCUAAGCUAAGACGGAUCUGAAGAUGGUGUUAGCGUUCAUCCAAAGUGAUUUCUAUGAACUCCUUUGGCAUCUGUAGGUCGUUCUUCAUACUCAGUGAAGCUUCUUGAGCCGGCGUGACACUACAGCAGGCCUGUGUCUGUAAAGAUAUAAAGGUAUUAGCAGCCAGAUGUAUAACGAUAAAAGAAAAAUACCCCCUAAGCUAUUUACUACUUGUUCUGUGACGCUGCCUCUUUGUAAUAGCUUCAAGAAUGUGCUGUCAGAAGAUUUUCUCUUUUAUUAAUAUUGGUGGUACCAAAUUAGACCCAGACCCACACUGGACAUGGUUCAGAAUAUCAGAGGAAGUUCUGUGAAAAGUUUUUGCUUUUUAAUUUAAUUUAAUUCAUAUAGCCUCAAAGGUAAAAGCACCACUUUGAAGGGAAUCAAAGACAUUUAAACCUUCCCAAAACCAUCUUUAACUGAAUAUCAUCAAAACACUAGAAGCAGAAUCAAAGUGCUGCAGUGUUCUGAUCCGGUAGAACUCACUAAGUAUCACGUACCAGCUGCUCUCAGUCUUUGACUGGUAUCCUCAUGUUUGGACGGUUAACGAAGUGAAACAAUAGUUUUGGAUUGUCUUCUUUUUCUUGAAACGAGGCGAAUUCACUGUUUCCUCAAGAGUUGGAUAAGAAGAAUGAAACUACCAUCAUGAAGUUAGACCUCGGAGACGGUUAGCUUAGCUUAGCUUAGCUUAGCUUAGCUUAGUUUAACAUGAAGACUGAAGCAGAAGGGCGAGCGAGUUUUUGUCUAAAGGUAAAAACAUCUGCCUACUAGCGCCUCUGAAGCUUGCUGACUAACCUGAUAUAUUUAGUUUUUAUUAAAGCCAUAUUUAAUGUUUGGUUUAAAAAUGCCAAGCUGACAAACUGUUUUUCGGCGCAGUGACUUCUGGCGCACUUUCAGUACUUUUACAGAUGAUCCAGCAGGUUAGUGAGCGAGCUUUCAGGUGCUGGUAGAAAGAUUGGACAGCGCUACGCUAGCUGUCUUCUUUUGCUCUAGCUUUACAUUUAGCUCGCAGCACAUGACUCCUCCUAAAAUCCUUCGUUUUUAUAGACUGAACAUGUAAGAUGUAAAGAGACAGACGUGGUGGACAGAGACAGGCUCGCUGUUUCACGCUGUCUCUGGUCUCUAUGCUAAGCUAACUGUCUCCUUGCUGAAGCUUCAUUUUUGGCGCACAGACACGAGCAGUAUUGAUCUUCUCAUGAGACUCUCAGCAGGAAGUCUGAUCAGCAUAUUUCCCAAAAGUCAAACUGUUCUGUUGAAGGAUGGUUUUGGAGAACUGGGAAAAUAUUCUUCUAGGCCGGAUAAAACUAAGCAGUUAGCCAGAAAUCUGAUGUAACUCCUCACGUUGUUAAAUACAGACGUUGGUGGAAUGGAACGAUGUGAUCUCUGGAUCCUGCUCCUGGGAUAUCUCCCGUAUCGGCCCGUGUUCCGGUCCAGUAAAAGCUCUAUUGAAAUCUUCUGUGUGUACGAAGCUGCGAACACAGUGACUCAGAUCUGUGUUUCAAAAAGAAAAGGGUUGAAAGAUUAAAAAACAAAAAACAAAAAAACAAUAUGUAUUUAUACUCAUUUUAUAUGGUAAUGUACAAAAAAAGAAUGACAUAUGUUUUGAAACAUGCUUUUAUUGUUAAAUUAAUCAUGCUUUUUAAUUUUCUCCUGACGUAUUUUUGUUCUCAUAUAAACCAAAUCUUGUUUCUGUAUCAUCCCUCAUUUGACUGAACAACAGUCUCUCCCCGCCCCGUUUGUGUCCGAGGUAGAAAGCUAUUUUGUGAAAGAUGAACGAUGCACCUUAUUAAAAAGAAAAAGAAUCGCUCCUGAAUAAGCUGAAAAUGUAAUCUUCCUUCCCCCGAGCCUCCUUUUUGAAAAUGGCAGACGUCCAGUAGACUUCUUUUUUUUCUGGGGCUGGUGUGAAGAAUCAUGUGAAUACAGCUGCUUCACACCAACGUCACCUGAAAUAACGCCGCGCCAAACUCCAUGAUGAAAUCUGGUGAUUUAACGUCGACCUUCUUCUAACAAACACGUGCAUAAUUCAUCAAAAUGUUAACAUUUUAAAAGACUACAGUUACAUAAUUUACUGACUCCAUUAAGGUUUUAUGGAAAUGCAAAAUGCCAAGUUCCAUUUUGUUCCACUUUGAUGUUGCAAGUUAUUAGAAAACACUGAAACUGGUUCUGUGUCUGGAAACUGUGGCAGAGAUGGAAACAAGGAGCCAAAAUCUGAAUUACGAGGCGAGCUGUUCCUUUAAAGACCUCAACCUGAUGGAUCUAAACAGAGGCGUGUACAUAUUUUAAGAAUUGACUCGCAGCACUCAGCUGCCAAGCACACAGUAUUUUAUAUGAAAACACUAUUUGACAUUAACGGAGAAAACUUUUUUCUGUGCGAUGAUUUCUCCCCGUGGAGUUUGGUGUGACGUUCAGUCGCCUCGCAGUGUUGUAACAACUGGACGUCGGUGGAAGGAAAAGCCUACAAAGAGUGCGUUUAGAGAUUAUUCUCUCACUUUAAGACACUUUUAAAUGAAUUGCCUUAGUGUUUGAGAGACGCCAUGCCCCCCGUUAGCAAGUGCAAGUUUUAAUCCAGCAGUAUUUUAUGUGAGCGGAAAUGUUUCAUGGGACGGAAGAACGAACCCUCAGGUGCUCAAGAAGUGAAAAAAAAAACCCAGACUAGAACCUGAACCGGGCCCUCCUCACCCCGUGUCGUGUAUCCUGCGGUGGUGUCGCUCUGAAGGGAAAUCCUCUCGUGGUGUGUCAGGGUCAACAUGUCUACAUGUCCUCGUGUGUCCCCAGUGAAAAACAACCUUCCACUUCAUCCCAAUAUAGCUCAGAAAAAGAGGACUGAAUGCUGUUGUAUCAAUCUCAAAUCUAGUUAUGUUCAAAAUUACUGUAUUGCCCAUUUCAGAAUUUAGUGCCUUUUUUGGACAGUAGACUGUUCUGUAAUUAAGAUGUAGUAUAUAUACAUUUUUUUGUACAGUUGCUUUGUUCAUUUUUUUAACUUGUGUUUAUUUUAGUAUGAUAUAUAUAAUGUACAAGAGAAUAAAGCUAUAUCAAUGA